AUGCCGCGAUCUUGUUAUAACUGUGAUAAAGAGAUGGAGACAACCAAGCAAUGUGCGAACUGUCAACAUGCAGCGUACUGUUCAAAAGAUUGCCAAAAGAAACACUGGAGCAAACACAAGCCAAACUGUAUCAGGUCAGACCAUUCAAUACAUGGACUGUUUAGAUUAUGUUUCGAAGAUCUUCUUCCUGUUUCUGGAUCGACAAUUGCACGCGAUUACGGAUUCGAUAAUGUACGUGAAAACCACGGAGAUGUGUUGUGGGGCAUUUCGUCGACACCAGCUAUGGCGGAAAAUAUAUUACUCGCCCUGUAUAAGUGCAUUAAGAGCGACGUGUGUUGUCUUGAAAUGGGUGAGAGCCAUCUGGUAUUCAGUUCGAUUGGUGCAUCGAGAAAGAUGAUCGUUGAGGCACUGGAAAACAAUAAACUGGACGACUUAAUUCAUCUCUUCAUCAAAAACGUGUUCAGUCGACACGGUCCCGGUAGCCCACAUUACUGCUUUGGGUGGAUAUGGAACCGUAUGGUGAUUGGCCCCACUCGAACUGAGGGUCUCACGCGGCAGCAGAUCCAGGAAAUGAGA